AUGGAUGUCGAAUCGCGAAAAGUGAUCGUGAUCGCCGGUGGUACUGGUGGCAUUGGUCGACAUAUUGUCGAUGGGAUUGUGGCUGCAAAGAAAUACACGGUGAAAGUCUUCUCUCGACAAGAUCCUUCAUCAUUAGUUGAUAUGACAGUCAAAGGAGUGAUAGUGGUUAAAGUCGAUUAUUCUGAUCGUGAUUUACUCGUAAAGGAAUUACAAGGUGUUCACACAGUCAUUGUUACGCUUAUCUCAUUAGAUGAUUCGUGUGUUCAAGCGCAGAUCAAUUUGCUCAAUGCAGCACUGAAAGCGAAAGUCAAACGAAUAGCUCCAUCAGAGUGGACUGGUCAACAUGAUGAAAAUACAGUGAUAGAACUGUAUCGACGACUUAAAGUACCUGUCCGAGAGAAAAUUAAAGCAGCUGGCAUAGAAUAUACGGUGUUUAUGAUCGGUCUUUUAAUGGACUAUUUUGCAUCACCUCAAACAGCAAGUAAAUCGAUAGGUUCCCUCGUUAUUGGUGUAGACUUUAGCAAAUGUGUAGCAAGUAUUACCGGCUCAGGUGAUGAACCGUUUUGUCUUACUCGAGCUGAUGAUGUUGGUAAAUUCGUUGCUGCUGCUCUCGAGCUCGACAAAUGGAAUGAAAAUUCAGGCAUUGUCGGAAGUCGGACAACUUGGAAUGAAAUCAUCAAGCUGGGUGAGAAGAUCAGAGGAACCAAGUUCCAUGUGCAAUACACCUGUGCUGACGAAGCAGCCAGAUUGAUCGAUACCAUGACCGAUAACGUUCUUGAAAAAUUGAUUCAGCAAGUCUAUUUAGGCAUCGUACGAGGUGAAUUUGAUUUUGAAGCCACGUUAAACAACAUAUGUCCAGAAAUUAAACCAACCACUAUCGAACAAUUUCUUAUGGAAUCAUGGGCUGAUUAUAAAGGAUAA